AUGCAGUGGAACGGGUCAAAGGUCAGGAACACUGUCAACACACGGAGGGUAAAGUCUGAUGGAGAAAGUAAAUGCAUUUCUAACUUUCUCUACAACGGACGCGUUACAGCCAAAAUGAGUGCAGGAGAUGCAUAAAGCGCAAGUUGUCCUGAGACAUCUUUUCAAGGUGUCGAGAGAUCACCAGAGACAGUGGCAAGACUGGUUUUGUGUUGAAAAAUUUUGUGUCAGAAGUCCAGCAGUAAACAUGUCAUCUGACGGUUCGAUGGAAAAAAUGCACCCCAAAGACUUGAGAAGUUUGAUCAGAAGUGGAAAUAUGCAUGGCAAGUGUACAUCUGGAAUGUGCAAAGGCAGAACACAGACCAAUAUUGCCAUUGUACACAAGUCCCUGGCACAAGAUUUUGAGAGGUUUUGUCAGGCAAAUGCAGGGCCACUCCCCCUACUGUAUAUGAGCAAGGUUGGUGAGUAUGGGGCACCUCCACUUGCUGAGGACUCUGACAUCAGGACGGAUGUGUCAUUGUACAGUGUGUACAGGGACGGUACACUGACAGAGAAGGCAGGAGAUCUGUCCCAGUUCACAGAACAGCUGAAGGACAUGGUGACCUUCUACGUGGGCUGCAGCUUCUCGUUUGAGGAUGCUGCUAUGUCAGCAGGUGUUCCUAUCAGAAAUGUGGAGCAGGGGGUCGUGGUGUCCAUGUACCAGUCCAAUGUUCCAUGCCACCCUGUGGGUGAUUUUAAAUGCGAGAUGUUCCUCAGCAUGCGCCCUAUCCCUGAAGACAAACUAGAUGUAGUGUACAGGAUCACUCACCACAUGCCUGAUGUGCAUGGAGCUCCCAUUCACAUUGGUGAUCCUACAAUGAUAGGAAUUCCAGACUUGAGGGCAGAACAUUUGGGAGAUGAUGUAGAUUUCCAUCCUGGUGAUGUACCAGUGUUCUGGUGUUGUGGUGUCACUACACAACCUGCUGUGCAGUCUGCAAAGUCGUCACUAGCCUUCACUCAUUCUCCUGGGUGCAUGUUUGUUGCUGAUGUCAUGGCAACUGUUCCUACGACAACAGCAAGUCCUGCUGACAUUCCCAAGGUUGUCCAGGUAUCCCAGGAACCCUUGCUGUAUAGUGCGGCAUCAGAACUGGCCGUUGAUCAAAUACAGCGACUGGAAAAGGCGAUACAAGCUGAUCCAGGAAAGAGAGGCAUCAGUCACCUGCACAUCCCAGGGGAGUUACUGAGGUGUGCCCUGGCCCUGUCUCAUGCUUCCUCUGUGGCCAUCACAACUGGCUUCCCCUGUCACACAGAGUUGACCCCACCAGAAGAAAAUGAUGGCCCACCUGGUGCUGUUGCCAUGGCAGCAAUGCUGCAGGCCCUGGGGAAGCAGGUUACCAUGGUGAUAGAUACUAACAGGCUGCAGCUGAUCAGGGACAUUGUGGAGGACUGUGUACAGGCAGGUAUCCUACAAGAACCCGUGGCAGUCCUGCCCUACCCACCUACAAAUGGUACGGUCACAGAUAAACAGGUGGCCCUGCAGUUCCUGACACAUGACGGGGACAUUUCCAGGCCCAGGUAUGACCACCUGGUGGCCAUAGAACGUGUUGGCAGGGCAGCUGAUGGCACCUACAGGUCCAUGAAGGCCAAGGACCUCUCCUCAUUGGUCAGUCCCAUUGACCAGCUGUUUGAUGUGGCCAAUGAGGAGAUCCCAGGGAUAAAAACUACUGGAAUAGGAGAUGGUGGUAAUGAGUUAGGCAUGGGAAGGCUGCAGGACAAAGUUCACCAGUUCAUCCCCAAUGGACCACAGAUCGCCUGCGCAGUCCCCGCAGACUAUACCAUUACUGCGGGGGUGUCCAACUGGGGCGGCUGGGCCAUCGCUGCUGCCCUGUAUGUGCUGAGGGCUUGUCCUAUCCAUGACCGGUACCAGAGAAGGGCUGUAGGCUUCCCACGGGAUUCUACUAAACUUCUUGGUGCUGUGCCAUUAAUGGAAAGGGAAGAGAAGGUGAUGUCCAUCAUGAUAAAACACGGUCUCCGAGACGGGAUGACAGCCGAGCUGGGAAUGGUGGUGGAUGGACUGCAGUUUGCUACUGAGCAUGCCCAGAUGAUGAAAAACCUGAGGAGUGUCCUGAGCCUGGACUAGUGUGACAGCAAACAAAAUAUGUUCAUGUUUUUGAUUUUAGCUCGCUUUUGCAAAGAAGAAGGAAUUAUUUCCUGGGUGGAGUGAUGGACAUUUUAGGAUUAUUUCCAUGAGAUGGUUAGAAUUUCUUAACUUGGUCUUUUGUAAAAUCAUUAGCGAUUAAUGAGUAAGGGUCGACAAUGCAUCUUGGUCCUGUCAUAUUUAAUGAGAAGACGAGACACAACAGAUAAUAAACUACCGGUAGGUAGCAAAUAAUUUUUAAAAUGUAAAUUAUGAGCCAUACUGACUUCUCAGGUGAGAAAGUUGUCAAUAGUAAAGUUAAUCAUCAUGUAAGAAUGUCCUCCUUGCAAUCUAAUGAACAUACCUACAGUUGUAUCUGAAGAAACUUGUGCAGUCUAAUUUUGCCUUUCCACUUUAAGAAAUACAACAACUAACCUCAAUAUUACAGUGCUAUGGAUUUUAUGCAUAUAUCUGUAAUUUUACAGUGUUAAUAAUUUCCAAGAUUAGAAGUUUAAGGAUUAAUCCGGAGGCAUGAUGACGAAGAUGUUUGCAGAAUCAGUAAUAUGAACAUGAUAUAAAUAUUCAGAAUACAUUUAUAUGAUAGCAAUACACUGUGCUUUGAUACCAAAAUCUGAACACAGAAUCAUGACCUAUCAAUAAAAUACUUCACUACACAUCUGCAUUGCACUUUUUUUAGAUGAUAGGUUGUACAAUCAUUCCUCCCAGCCAGUUUUAAGCUGAAUUUCUAUUGCACAUCAA